AUGCAUCCUAUCAUAACCUCUCGACAUAUCCCCCUUUCCACCCCCAACAACCCGCUCUCUGUCCACAUCCUUGAAGCCAACUACUCCCCCGCCCGAGAUCGACCCCUUAUCAUCCUCCUGCACGGCUUCCCGGAACUCUCCUACUCCUGGCGCAAGGUCAUUCCUUCUCUCGCCGAAGCUGGAUAUUAUGUCGUCGCCCCUGACAGUCGCGGCUUUGGUCAUACCACCGGCCACGAUGUCCGCUCCUACGAGAACGUGGACUUAUCAACCUACUCUGUCACUACUUUAGUGCGUGAUGUCGUCCUUCUGGUUAAUGCGCUGGGAUACCGAUCGGUCCGCUGCAUCGUCGGUCAUGAUGCCGGAGCCGUCACAGCAGCGAUGUCCGCACUUAUCAGACCGGAUUUCUUCCAGAGCGUUGUCCUGCUCAGUCAUCCAUUUAACGGAGCCCCAGAAGCACCGUUCAACACGGCCAACGACCCAAGCCAGAAGCAGGGCGGUAAUAAAGGUGGAGCCGAAUCCUCUGCUGGCGACGUCCACAGUGCCCUCGCUUCUCUCGGCCGCAAACACUACAAAUGGUACUAUUCUACUGCGCCCGCGAAUGAGGAGAUGAGUCAUCCUCCGCAGGGCCUACACGAGUUUCUACGGGGCUACUUUCAUCUCAAAAGCGGGUCGUGGAAGGGUAACAAACCGUUCCAGCUACGUGAGUGGUCGGCGACCGAAUUGGCCCAGCUACCAGGUUAUUACAUCAUGCCGCUGGACAAGACUAUGCCGGAGACGGUUGCAAAUAUGAUGGCCAAAGAAACAGGGGAAGAUGACCGGCUUUCGCACGAGUGGCUGUCUGAUGAGGAACUGGCCGUUUAUGUGGCUGAGUAUAGGCGGACGGGCUUUCAGGGUGGUCUGAAUUGGUAUCGCGUGCGGACGGCUAAAGGCGGGAAAUAUACAGCGGACUACGAGGUGUUCGCGGGGAAGAAGAUUGAAAUCCCGUGCGCGUUUGUGUCGGGGAAGUUGGAUUGGGGGAUCUAUCAGGAACCCGGGGCAUUGGAGAGAAUGCGUGAUGGAACGGUGUGUACUGACUUUCGGGAGCUGACCUUGAUUGAUGGUGUUGGGCAUUGGGCGCCACAGGAGAGUCCUGAUGUGGUGGUGAAUGCUAUUUUGGAGUUGGUCAGGGGGCUCUAA